GUGACAGCCUGGUCACGUUGGCUGGUUAUCACAUGAGAUGUGGUUGUUUGCUUUGUUGCUUUGUCUAUAAAUAUGGCGUUACCCCCUUUCUUCCUUCCUCAUGUCAAUUAUCCUUGUCAAUAGCUACCUAGGUAGAACACAUGAGUUGAUGUUCCAUAACCUGGCUGAGCUCUGUGACAUAAUAAUUGACAUCCUCCUUUUAUACCUUAGGGAGAGAAAUACCAAAGGCUUCUCCCAUCAAGGGAUUCACUGGUGCCGCAGUUUGGGAGCUGGCCAGGCUAUAACAGUGUCUCCAUUCAAGUUUCAAGUUCUAACUCUCGCAAGAAGUCCAGAAGCAGUGGCAGAGCUGGCAAACACACCCUCAAGUCAAGUUUUCCAAGAUUCAGGACUCAAGAUUCAAGCUUAUAUUUCCUUCUUUUUCAAGACCUUUUUCAUCGACCAAUCAACUUUUAUUUCUUUUGAAAUGGACCCUUUCCAAGAACUCCAAAAUGAAUUCUCUUCUGCAAUUCAAGCCCUCUGGAAUGAGAUUGAAUCCAUCAAAAAUCAACCCAAGCCACCUCAACAACCAAAGCCAUGCCUUCCUGAUUAGACCUGGCCUGGCCCACGGGCCGCCCAUUGGGCCGGCCCAAAAACCCGCCCAUGGACGGGUUUGGACAAAAGUCUUCGGCCCAUGGGCUGUCACGGCGCUCUACUAGGAUAAUCGAAGAUCCAACUCAUGGGUUCUACCUAGGUAGCUAUCGACGAGAAUAAUCAACAUGAGGAAGGAAGAAAGGGGGUGACGCCGUAUUUAUCAACAAAGCAAACAACUGCAUCUCACGUGAUAACCAGCCAACGUGACCAGGCUGUCACA